AACUUAUUUCAAUUCAAGUUUUCAUUUAAUUUUCAUUCCAAAUGUGUGUGACACUACAUUCUCAAUCUUAACUAUAACUAUUUUUUGCGUGGAGAUUUUCAAACACUCCGUUUUGUGGUUAAAUAAUAUCACUAAAGCAAGUGAUCUCCGUAAUCUGAUACCUCAAGUUCAAGAAAUCAUUGUUUUUUUUUUUUUUCUGCGGUGAAUAAUUAUCUCGAAGGGGAAAAAUAAAAACAAUAUCGAAAGAAAAUCAGUGUUGCAAUAGAUUUUGUGAAGACCGGUGUAGCUGAUUUCAUUAUCAAGUGCCUUAAUUUAACUUUGUUUAUUUUUAUUGGAUUAAUUUUCCUUAUAACUGUCACAAUGACAAUGAAUCUUACGGGCUUUACAAUGCCAAAGGUCAACCAAGAUCGCCGAAUUAUUGAUACAUUUUCGCUUGCCUAUGACGAAUACUGUUCACCAUAUCAGCAAUUUGAAUUUUCAGAAGAAGUUAGAAAUGCUAUGGCCUUGAAUAGACCAUUAAAGUUGUCACCGUGCAAGGCAAUUUUUAUCGGUGACGUUUCUGUUGGUAAGACGACUAUUGUCAAUCGAUUUUGUUAUGACAAAUUUCCCCACACGUACAAAGCCACCAUCGGAGUGGAUUUCGAAGUUGAAAAUUUUCGAAUUCUCGGACAUGAAUAUUGUUUGCAAAUAUGGGAUACUGCCGGUCAGGAACGUUUUAAAUGCAUUGCCCAAGCAUAUUACAGAAACGCUAAUAUUAUUGUGAUUGUUUAUGAUAUGACUAAUGAGGAAAGUCUUCAAGAAACCCCAACUUGGCUAGAAAGUGCAUUAGCCGUUAAUCGUAUUCACAGACCGCUUGUUUUUCUGGUUGGAACAAAAUCGGAUCUAUUGACAAAAGAACAAUUUAUUGGAAUGGAAAGACUUGGCUAUGAAUUUGCCAGAGUAAUAAAGGCUGAGUAUUGGUCAGUUUCGGCAAGAACUGGAUUUAACAUUAUUGAGCUAUUUCAGAGAAUUGCUUCGCUAUCAUUUGACUCAACAAUGAAACAAUGCCUACUUGAAACAAACUUUUUUUCCAAAAAAACUGACCGUCGUAAAAUUGGUUUAUUUAAAGGUCUACUCAAUGGUAUUGGAUGCAGUGAGAGCAGCAAUAUAUCCAACAGAGCAUGUUUAUGCUGAUAAAUUGUUGAUACUAUACAUGUUUAGUUUAGUUAAGUUUUUUUUAUUAUAUUAA